UCAGGCAUGCACUGCUCUGGUCUGUUGGAACACGCAUGCGCAAUUGCAAAUCGUCAAAAAUAUGCCGAUGUGGCCGCUGUGAUAGUAAACUUUAUUUCCCCCUUCAGCUUUAACAACGAACGGUUACAAUGAAACUUUUUACACUGAUUUUGAUUUGUGUCUGCAGUGUUGUUACAGCAGACGAAGACGAGAGACUGCCGAAUAAAUGCGAAGUGUGUAAGUUUCUGACAAUAGAGCUGCAGGAUGCUCUGGCAAAAACGGGUCGAUCCAAAGAAGUCCUGGAGGUUGGACAAGUGUUGGACAAUGGCAAGAGAAGAAGAAAAAUAAAAUAUAACACGUCGGAAACUCGGCUGACUGAGGCUGUAGACAACAUAUGUGAACGCAUCCUGCAGUACAGUGUCCACGCAGAGAGGCCUGGCAGCCUCCGCUACGCCAAGGGCGCAAGUCAGACCAUGACCACUCUGAAGAACCUGGUCCAUAAAGGAGUUAAAGUGGACCUGGGAAUGCCAUAUGAGCUGUGGGAUGAACCCUCUGUAGAGGUGUCUGACAUGAAAAAACAGUGUGAGACGAUGCUGGAGCAGUAUGAGGACGUCGUGGAGGACUGGUACUUCCAUCACCAGGACCAGAGGCUGGAGAACUUCCUCUGUCAGAAGCACGUCCUCAAGGCGUCAGAGCGAGAAUGUAUAAACGAGGUGUGGAAAGGAGACGUGGGGGAGUCAGAAAGUGACAGCACAGAAGAGCAGGGAGCAACGCAUGACGCUGGGGAGCUUUGAGGAAAUGCAAAGCGCCAAUGCAGAAGAUAAUAAAAUAACCUCAGUUUCAGUGGGAAAGCUGCAAAGAAUGAAUGUAUUGUUCCACAGUUUUAGCUAUCGGCUCAGUGUCACAUAAGGUAAACUAACACCACAUUUCUGCUGCCAAAUGUAUUAGGGUUUAUGAUGGAAUUUAUAAUAGAUUGGCAUUAUGCUUUAUAUACUUAAAACACUAAAUUUCUCCUGCUAUUUUUAUAUGAAUGUUUUUUUUUAAACACUCACACAUUUGGAUUAAGGUUAUGUGUAUACGCUGUUGCAUCUCUGAUUAUGCCAGCGUUUUAUGGUACACAUCAGUAUUUUUUCACCCCAGUUUACAGUCUUUAAAUGCAACAUGUACAGUUUGUUUUUGUUGUUAAUAAAACACUUUUUUUAUAACA